CUAUUAUUAGACCAUUAAUGAAUAACAAACAUUUAUUCUGUUGAAAAAAGGGUGAAGGUUGUUGAAAAACUGUCUGAAAAUGCUGCAAUCUUCACCGAAUGUGUGGUACAACAUCGAUGAGUUGUAUACCAUAUCGAAUCAAGGAACAAUCGAGCUAAACACAAUGGACAACAAAGAUAGAAUGAGUGCUACCACAUCUUCAGGAUCUUAUCAGAGAAACAUCUACAGCAAUAAGGCUACAGCACAACAAAACAGUCCAGGAUCAACCAAAAUAUCAGGCACUCAAAAAAUUAUCAACAGUUCAAAAAUUCACUUCUUGCGUCAUAUCUUGGAUACUGAGAGGACAAUGACUGAAAGAUUAAUUUGGUCAACUAUAAUAAUCAUUAUUGCCAUGCUGGCCAUUAUCAUUGGAGUAUGUGCACUCAGAAGUUUUGCAAAGCCAGUUCUGUCUGAAAGUUAUGUUCCUGUGUCUGAAAUCUUCUUUCCGGCGGUAACAGUCUGUCCCCAGAAUAAAAUAUAUAAUCAAACCACAAGGCAAAACUCCAGGAUCCCAAAUUUCAACUUGGAAGAUGCAAACAAAUUUGAGGAAUCAGAACUGAGAAAAAUGUUGUGUGACACACCUCAGGAUAUGGAUGAGACAAUGUCACCCACUCAGAAAAGAACUUCUAGAUCUUUUGACGAAAGCUGGAUGACCAGAGCAUUAUUGAGAUUCAGCCCUCAGUUGAAUAAGUUCAUGCACAGCUGCAAAUUUGGAAAUGAGGAUUGCUUCGAUGAAUUUGGUAAGACCAUUACUGAGGAGGGACUCUGCUUCACGUUCAAUGGUUUCAACCUCAGAGAUCUAUUCAACCAUGAUUUAAUUCUACCGAUUCAAGAAGACACGGUCCCAUCGGAUGAUGGCGAAAAGCCGUUUCGCUACAUGACUGCUGGGGCCAAUCUACCAUUGGUGACCUCUUCACUGACAAGGACCUCCAAGAGUGACCUCCCGCUGACCUCUAACCCUCGCAGGGCGGCCAGUCACCUACAGUACCUCACUUUGGAUCUUUUCACAAUCAAUGAGUAUGCUGAGGAUUCGUGUAGAGCUGAUGCUGGUUUCAAGAUUUUCAUCCACGACCCCGAGACCCCAGCGCACACAUCGACAGCAGCGGGCGUCUACGAGGUGGCAAUGGACAACGAGAUGACUGUGACAAUUGCGCCCACUCAGCAUUCUACCGACGCCGUCGCUGCCGGCACAGACGCUUACCGUUGUCAUGAAUGGCGCAACCGUCACUCGAUGAUGACAAAUGCGGCCAACCAUCACUCGAUGAUGACAAAUGCGCCCAACCAUCACUCAAUGAUGACAAAUGCGCCCAACGCCAGUAUGGACCAGUUAGAACGGCAGGAGUUGCGGCGGUUCAAACUCUAUUCGAAGACCAACUGCCAGUAUGACGUCAUUGCUCAGUUCAUGGAGCAAUGUGCCGGUUGUGUGCCUUUCUACUUGCCAAGAAAAAUGGAUUCAGUUAUCUGUAACUCGACUAGUCGUCUAAUCCUCAAACAAUGCAAAGAGGAGCUGUCAUCGAGUGACAUAACAAAGCAUUGCAUACCAGGCUGUCAGAAUGUGGCCUACUCAAUAUCAACAAGUCAAAAAUACUACCGCUGGACUGUGGAACAUAAAUUUCGUAAAUACACGGCAAUGAGCAGAGUGAUUGUUCGAUUCAAUGAUCAGUAUGCAGUCUCGAAGCGGUGGACGGAAGAAUCUCUCAUGGGAAAGACGUGUGCUUUAGUACUAUUCGUGUUGGUUGUAGUGCUGAGCGUAUUCUUUGGCAUCAGUGUUAUAUCACUGGCGGAACUGAUCUACUGUUUAUUCGCGAUUUUAUGCCGGAAAGAUAAACCACAACCAAACAUCCCGCUCACAAAAACCGAUCCCAUUGUGGCAGAAGACCCAAUCGCUGAGCUGGAAUUGGACAAAAUCACCGAAGAGUCACCCACGUUCAGUGAUGACCUGAGAACCUUCAGAGGACGUGAUGGCUUCUAAAUAUUAUCAUACAAAUGAAGAUACCUGUUGCUGUGGAGUGUGAUUUCAUAGAGUUAUCUCAGGAAACUACAGUGAGGCCCACGUUAUAAUGGCAGUGUUUGAUUAGCAAUGGUAUUGCUAUCCUUGUCUAUCAUUAAACACAGCGGAUAGCGCUAUCUGUUUCUCGCUUUGCUCUGUUGCCAGAUCGUCUU